AUGAAAUAUGAAGCAAUUGUCACGAUGUUGUUGGCGGCGAUGCUGUUUUGCGCCUUGGCUCCUCGGAACCUGCUGGGGGAGUCGUCGUCGUUCUCGUCGGCGGUGGCGGUCACGUGCGACCAGAGCAGCGCCGAGGCUGCGGCCAGCCUCGUCGUCAGACACGUCAACCGACAUCACAAGCAUGGUUUCAAGUUCAAGCUACGCCAGGUCCUAAGCAGCAAAUACCAACAGAUGCCCGGCGGUUGCCACGUGGACGUACACGUGAAGCUGGUGCAGACCAAAUGUCACUUCACCAACCCCAAAUCUUUUGAGCAAUGUCAGCCUUUUGAACGGCUCGAGCGGGGCGCAGUGGCCACCUGUUGGGCCAGUCUUCGGGUCACGUGGGGCGCGGCAACAGUGACGAGAUACGACUGCGCCACCAGACCAGACCCGACAAAUGAGGAUCUGCUUAAGACGUGUGCCAACUGCUCCAUCUUGCUGCCGCUGAGCGAGCCGACGGCUGUAAAGGUGGCCCAGGAGGCGGUCGACAAGUACAACCGGGGGGGCGGCGACCCCAGUUACAUGGCCCUGCUGGAAGUGGCUCACGUCAUGACUCGGUACAUGCCGUCGACGGGCUGGGUGACCUGGCUGGAGUUGGCGCUGGUGGAGACCAACUGCCCCCGAGAGGCCGCACACACCUUGGCGCCCUGCACGCCCCUCUGCCCGGAUCGAGCGAAUCAUGCCUAUUGCAAAGUGGCCUAUUACUACAAACAAAAAGCCAUGAGAGGCCCAGAGUGUGAAACCUAUCCACGAAACAGUUCUCCUCGACUCCCGGCUGGCGCGGCGGAACCCACGUGUAGCCUGUUGUACCACGAGAGUCCGGAAGCGAGGUUGUGCGAGGAGCGUCUGGCCGACCACCAGCCGGCCAUCCACCCGAUUUGUCCCUUCCCGCCGGUGGGGCCGCUGCAGCGCCAGUGGUUUCGGAGGCGGCAGCAGCAGCAAUGGGUCAAAGGAUGAAGGGGACAUCCUCAACUCAUUUGCCGUCCAAUAAAUGGCUUGCUCUUGUUGAA